GCAGAAAUAAAGCAAGCGGUUAAAUCAUUCGUUCCAGCGCCAGUUUAAGAUACACCGAAUCUUCCAUUGCAAGCUCGAUAAAAGGAACGAACUGAUACGUCACGAAUUAGAAGACUUCUUCCAACCAUGUUUGUGCUGACUGCCUGAAUGAGAGAGAAUAUAACGAAUUCGGAUGUUAUACAAAAGUGCCUGAUGUUUUGUGAAGAUGAGAAAGUUCGCUGCAUUUGUCUUUAUGUUUUCAACGAGUCUUGGCGUAGUGUCGUCGCUCAGCAGGCACUGUCCCCACCUAUCAGGCGAUAGACUGGACGUUAAAAGCGACCAAACCCUAACAAUCUCAACCGACAUCCCACAGAUUUGGGUGAACAAGACAAACGAUGGCGAAUUUGUUUCUACGUUUAAAGGAUGUAUUAUCGAGCGAGGAUCGAUGCUCGGCGGCGUGUUCUGGACAAGUACGGCUGCCCGCUUUGAAUUUAACGAUAGAAUCGAAAUCGACGGUUCGACUAAUUUCUACGGACAGAACAGUUUAUCACUCGUCAGUAUCAAUGAAAAAAUCAUCAUCAAGAAACCAAUUUCCUUACAAAUUACUGAAGCAAGUUCUCAAAACUAUUCUUCGAUGAAAUUCCUUGGUGGCUUUGCCCCAAGUCAGGCGUCUUUAAACGAGUUCAGAUAUGGUGGCCCUGGUAAGGGUAGGUAUGACUCAACCCAGGGGUAUGUUACUGGAGCAGGACAUGGCGGCUAUGGAGGACGAAUGACACUGGAUACACAAGGAAACCCGUAUGGUAUCAAUGACACAUGUACAUAUAUCGGGGGUAGUCUAGGCGGAUCUAUUGGCUUAACUCUUCCUGCGUUUGCUGGCGCUACCAUUGAGCUGAUAGCUGCUGUUGAAAUGUCAAUAGAGGAUCUUAUUAAUGUUAGUGCACAGCAAGUGUCAUCACUUGGUGCAUCAGGUGGGAGCUCUGGAGGAAGAAUCCGCCUCUGGACCAGAAAGUUGAAGAUCACCAGCAAAGGAAUCCUUUACGCCAGGGGAAGUCCAGGCAUUGGACUGAAUGUUGGUGGUGGUGGGGGUGGUGUUGUACAGAUAGUGGCCGAAGAAGCUGUCAUUGAAGGGUCCACUAUUCAAGUCCAACCAGGAGCUAGUAAUGGUAGUGUUGGAAGUGCUACUGAUGGAACGUUAUUCAUUCUAGGUCGACAAGAUGCCAUUUCUUCUGAUAAGGUGGAAUGGAAGGACGAACCAGCGUACCAGGAAGAAAAUUGUACAGAUUUAACAGAAAUGCCUACCUCAUCUGUAUUAUCGUCAUCAUCUUCAUCUAUGGUGGUCCUACAAACAAGUUAUCAAACAUUAUCAUCCUUGCCAUCAUCAUCAUCAUCAUCAUCAUYAUUUUAUGCUACACCUGAGCCGUCGUCAUCGUCUCUGACUUCAUCGACAACGUCAACGUCAUCAUCGCCACCCUCCUCGAUAUCAACAGCCUUACCAACAUCAUCUUCACUGAUACAAACAUCAACACCAGAACCACUACCACUACCACUACCAGCAUCAUCAUCAUCAUCAUCAUCUUCAAUAAUAUUAUUGGAAACGUCAUCACCAACAUUGGUAUCAUCUUCUUCGCCAACACCAACCAUAAUGGAAUUAUCGUCAUCAUCAUCAUCGUCGUUUUUAUUACCAUCAACAGCAAUAGCAACAACAACAGCAUCAUCGGUGGCAGCUUCAGUAACACCUACCGACUUGUCAUCGUCAUCAUCAUCGGUGGCAGCAAUGACAUCAUCACCGUCAGAAACAUCAUCAUCAUUACCUGUGCCAUCUUUUAUUUCUCCUUCACCACUAGCUUCACCAUCAUCACACAUAUCUUCUUCUUCAACUUCAUCAUCUUCUCUUUUACCUGCCCUACCACAGUCGUCUUCAUCAUUAUCAUCAUCAUCAACAUCAUUACCAUUAUUAUCAUCAGCACUUUCAACUUCGCAGUCUAUUUCGACUUUCCAGUCAUCUCCAUCACCAACAUUACAGACGUCAACAGCAUUCCCCCAAUCUUCUCCAGUUCCGACUUCCUUGAAUACAGAUCAAAGAAUGAUCCAGCUUUUCUACGAAGUAAAAUCAGUGAAGGACAUGAACUCAACAGAGAUGAGAGAGAAAACAGAAUUUCUUCUGAGAGAGUUUGAGAAUCUGACAUCAUCCAAGGAAUUGUCAGUAGAAGGCAUGCAGACGAGUGUAUCAGUUGUGAUGUACUUUAACAAGAUCCUGCUAAAAAUGGCUGCAUGGAAUGGUCAUUUGGACUUUGUGAAGACAAAUGUGACUUCAUUAUUACACUCUAUCGAUAAUCUUUUGGAAACAAAAGUCAAUACAAGGCAGGAUAUCCAAGACUUCAAGAGCGAACAACUGAUACUUGCCAUGGAAGGUACUACGUGCGUUGUUAUGGAAACCAUGGAUCGUUUAAAUGAAAGCUGUUCCUUCAAGACUAACAACAUUGAAAUCUAUGGACUGGCUCAGAUAGACACACAAAAGGUCGUUAAUAUCCCAGCACAAGGGGAGAGUCUCCAAAAUCUCCAUCAACAAGCAGCGACAAGCACUUCGUCAAAAAAUCCUACACAAUCUCAGCCUGUGGGUCCAUUGCUGUCUUUCGAACCAAGAAAGGCUCUUAAGGGGUGCAACAACAGAAGCUGUGACGGGAAGCUUUUAGCAUUGGUUUCAGUGAUAAGAAACACACGACUCAACAGACCACAAACUAACGCCAGCACAAGUGCCCAAGUCAAAAAAGCCGACGUUAAUUCUGAAGUCCUGACGGUCCUAGUGACGUACGAUAGUCGACCAGUGCAUAAGUUAAAUCAACAGGCUGUACUCAGGUUUUACCAUCAGUUACCAGAUAACAGCAAGUUGCCCAGUACCGUAAAGUGUGCAUACUUGCAAUACACUUCCAGUAAUGAUACUGGGACAUGGGUUAGUGACGGUCUGUCUGAGAUCAGUACAAACACAAAUCAAACUGUGUGUUCUACCAAUCAUUUAACAAGCUUCGCUGUCCUUAUGCAGUUUGGUGAUUACGAGCUACCUGAAGUACACGUCAAAGCAAUCAACUUCAUCACGUAUGUUGGUAGUGCCAUCUCAUUGGCUGCUUUGUUGAUAACCAUCUUUGCUUACAUUGCCCUGGGAGAUGCAAUAUCAGCCAGACGAUACAAGAUUCAUCUGAACCUUUCCAUCGCGUUAGGGCUGGCACAAGCUGUGUUUCUAGCAGGAAUCGAUUCCACCAAACAUCCGGUUGUGUGUGCCGCCAUUGCUAUUCUUCUCCAUUAUCUGUACUUAUCAGCCUUCUCUUGGAUGGCAAUAGAGGGUCUUCAUUUGUAUUUCAAAAUCGUGACGGUUUUUAACUCUGAAGGAAUUAAGCUCAAGUACUAUGUGAUGUUUGGCUGGGGUUUUCCAGUUUUUCUCGUUCUUAUAUCAGCAGCAAGUAACCACGAAGGCUAUGGGAAAGGAAAAACAUGCUGGUUAUCAAUGGAAGAGGGAUUUCGAUGGUCGUUUAUUGGUCCCAUAGCUGCUAUGAUUGGGUUCAACUGCAUUAUAUUGGUAUUAACGUUGAGAGAGCUUCUUUCACUGAACAAAGAUGCUGGUGGAGAUCAAAAACGCGUCAAAACUAGUUUCAAGGCCACCGUUAUUCUGCUUCCUCUUCUCGGCACAACCUGGUGUUUUGGUUUCUUUGGCUUCAAUUCCAACACCAUUGUAUUCCAGUAUCUAUUCGCUCUUUUCACAUCGUUACAAGGAUUAUUUAUAUUUUUGUUCCAUUGCAUUGGAAAUACCGAGGUCAGAUAUGCUUUAAAAAGACUUCGAGAAAAGCACUCAAGCAGGAUAUCAUACAUGCUGAAUGGAUUGCCGCCAAAAAGUCAUGCAAGUCACAACGAUAGUGUUUUUAAAGAGGACAAACCUGACAUAAAGCGAGACAGUUGGGUCUCUCCGAGCCCCGACCACAAGAACAGUAACGAAAAAAGCUCUAUGGAACAAGGCCAAGUCCCAAAACAAUCUCCAAUGAAAUUCUGGCUAUGACCGUGGUAACUAGAUAUGAAGUCUAAAGGACAUAGUAUAAAGUCUAGCACCAAGGCCAUGAAGAAUAGUAAUCCAUGUAGAAGAUAUAAAGAAUUGGACAAAUGAAGACUCAAAAGGUAGCAAA